GAAUAAAUCAACUAAUUCAACUGGUUGUUGAAAAAUUACUUCACGUUCUGAUAAUCCUGGAACUCGAAUUAAUAAAGGAACUUUUGAUGCAACAUCGUAGUUACUAUAUUUCGAGAAUUCUCCGUGUUCCCCUAUAGACCAUCCUUAAAAUAUUUUUGUUGACAGUUUGAAUCAAAAUAUAAUAUAAAAUGUGAAAGUCUACUACCUAACUUAAUUUGUCUGUGGCAUAAUUCACAACUAUCAGUUUAUAUUAAAAAGUGAAGAAACUGGCAACAAGGUAAGUGGUGAUAUAGAAGCUAUCUACAACUGACAGAUAAAUUAGUUGAUAGACCGAACAUACCACAGAACACAUAUUCGAAGACUUACUUUUGAAUCUGAAGUUACGUUCCGUGAAUUAUAUUCGAAUCAGCGUUGCCAGAUUACACAUAAUUGUCAGAUUUUAACAUAAUUUGAUAAUGUGUGUCAUAUAGAACUUUAAUUGAGUUGGUAGAUUUAAAUUAGUGAUUCACGUGAAAAAAAUCAUAUAAGACAUUUUAUAUUUGCAUGGACAAGUUUAUUCAAUGGAAUUUGUUUGUGGCUUAAUUCACAACUAUCAGUUUUUAUUAAAAAGUGGACUAAUUGGCAACAAGAUUUUUUUAGUUUCAAAAAACUAAAUAGAUAUAUAAUUGUAUCAUAAUGAAGACUGUAUUUAUGGUUGCUGAAAAACCAUCUCUAGCAGCUUCUCUUGCAAAUAUAUUAAGCAACGGUAAAAAUGGUACCCGUAAAGGUUUUAAUGGAGCUUGCUCUGUACACGAAUGGACUGGUACCUUUCUGAAUGUACCUGCAAAAUUUAAAAUGACCUCAGUAUGCGGUCACGUUUUGGGAGUAGAUUUUAUAAGCAAAUAUAACAACUGGGAUAGAGUGGAUCCUGUAGAACUUUUCUCAUGUCCUAUUGAGAAAAAGGAAGCGAUGCCUAAAUUAAAAAUGCCGGCAUUCUUAGCACAGGAAUCCACGGGUGUUGAUCACGUAGUUUUAUGGUUGGAUUGUGACAAAGAAGGAGAAAACAUUUGCUUUGAAGUCAUGGGCGCUAUUGCCAACAGUGUUAUGGGGAACGUUUAUUCACCAAAUGUUACUUACAGAGCCAGAUUUUCUGCAAUUACUGAAAAAGACAUCAAAGCAGCUUUCAAUAAUUUAGGUCAUCCAAAUGAAAAUGAAGCACGAAGUGUAGACGCGAGGCAAGAGCUUGAUCUUCGAAUCGGUUGUGCUUUUACUAGAUUUCAAACAAAGUUUUUUCAAGGCAGAUACGGGGAUUUAGAUUCUUCACUUAUAUCUUAUGGACCAUGCCAGACUCCGACAUUAGGGUUUUGUGUUCAACGUCAUGAUGAAAUUCAGACGUUUAAACCAGAAACUUACUGGUGUUUGCAAGUUACUGUUACCACUAAGGAAGGACAAGAAGUCCAUCUUGAGUGGCAAAGAGUCAGGAGUUUUGAUAAGGAAAUUGCAAAUUUGUUUUUGCAACUGGUGAAGGAUAAAAAUGAGGCUAAAGUGGUAAGUGUAACAUCGAAAGAAAAAGUUAAAUCAAGACCAACUGCUUUAAAUACUGUUGAACUGAUGAGAGUGGCUAGUUCUGGUUUAGGAAUGGGACCUCACCACGCUAUGCAAAUUGCAGAAAAACUUUAUACUCAAGGUUAUAUUAGUUAUCCCAGAACGGAAACUACAAAGUAUCCAGAUAAUUUUGAUCUUUUGGGUACUUUGCAACAACAACAGAAUAGUAGUGAAUGGGGACUAGAAGUUAAAGAAAUAUUAAAAAACGGGAUAAAUCGACCUAAAUCGGGACACGAUGCAGGUGACCAUCCUCCAAUUACACCUAUGAAGCCGGCUACCAGGAACGAAUUGGAUGGUGAUGCAUGGAAACUAUAUGACUACAUUGCUAGACAUUUUAUAGGAACUCUUGCCAAAGAUUGUCGUUAUCUUAUAACUACAGCUGUUUUAAUAAUAAAUGAGGAAGAAUUUUCAGUUCAUGGUAAAUCUUUGAUAGAACCUGGGUUUACAACGAUCAUGCCAUGGCAGGCUAUUGGGAAAAAUGAAAUCUUACCGGAUUUAUCUGCUAACGAAAUGGUUCCAAUAAAAGAUGCCAAGAUAACCGAACAUCAAACACAACCCCCUGAUUAUCUAACGGAAGCCGAACUUAUAACAUUGAUGGAAAAACAUGGUAUCGGUACAGAUGCUUCGAUUCCUGUACACAUCAACAACAUUUGUCAAAGGAAUUAUGUUAACGUUAUAAGUGGAAGAAAAUUAAAACCCACUUCGCUUGGAAUCGUUUUAGUACAUGGAUAUCAAAAAAUAGACGAUGAAUUAGUUCUUCCUACUAUGAGAUCCGCAGUUGAAGAACAACUCAAUUUAAUAGCAGUUGGUAAAGCUAAUUUCCAAGAUGUUCUGAAACAUACCGUGGAAAUAUUUAAACUGAAAUUUCAAUAUUUUGUGAAGAAUAUCGAUUGUAUGGAUCAACUAUUUGAAGUAACUUUUUCUCCAUUGAGCGCUUCCGGUAAAGCACAUUCCAGGUGUGGCAAAUGUCGAAGGUACAUGAAGUACAUUCAAACCAAACCGGCCAGAUUGCAUUGUCCACAAUGCGACGAAACUUACAAUUUACCUCAAAGCGGAACCAUCAAAUUAUUCAAAGAAUUAAAAUGUCCGUUAGACGAUUUCGAAUUACUUUGUUGGACAAUGGGAAAUAAGGGAAAAAGUUUCGUGUUUUGUCCUUAUUGUUACAACAAUCCACCAUUCAAAGAUAUGAAGAAAGGUAACGGUUGUAAUUCUUGUUCGCAUCCUUCGUGUCCUUACAGUUUAAUUUCAAAUGGAGUUUGUAAUUGUGCAGAAUGUGAUUUCGGAGUAUUGGUACUAGAUCCAUCAUCGGGGCCUAAAUGGAAACUGGGAUGUAACAGGUGUGAUACGAUAAUAAACCUCUUUGACGAUGCCCAAAAAGUAACAAUCCUUGAAGAUAAUUGCGACUGUGGAGCGCAGUUGGUUCAUGUUGAAUAUAAACAAGAGAAAAAUAAACUAGAAGGUUCCAAUGAAUCGAAAGGAUGCGUUUUCUGUAGUCCACAAUUCGCUAAAUUAGUGGAUAGACCGAAAACGGCGGUUAUAUCCCGUCCAAGAGUGUUUAGAGGAGGUAGAGCUGGUGGAAGUAGAGGUAGAGGUGGUAGAGGAGGUAAAGGAAGACCGCCCAAAGAUAAAAUGGCGCAAUUGGCAGCAUAUUUUGUAUAACAAUUAACUGAUUUUAUUAUUUUGUUGUAUUUCAAAUAAAACUCUAAAAUAUAUUAUUGUAAUGUGAAUAUUAGCAAAAAUAAUGUUUUUAAGUUUAUUUAUUUCACAAUAUUAAUUAAAUUCACAUUAACAUAACUGUUGUUUUAUUUUAAUCACCCAGUAGCAUAUUUUGUGUCGAAUAUCAACAAAAAACAGUCUCAGAAAGCUCUAUUACAAUUAGAAGCAUAUUUAGUAUGAAAAACUAGCAAAAAACAGUUUUACAAGACUCUAGUGCCUAUUUUGUGUCAAAUAUCAACAAAAAACAGUCUCAGAAAGCUGUAUUAUAAUUGGAAGCAUAUUUAGUAUGAAAAACUAGCAAAAAACAGUUUUACAAGACUCUAGUGCCUAUUUUGUGUCAAAUAUCAACAAAAAACAGUCUCAGAAAGCUGUAUUAUAAUUGGAAGCAUAUUUAGUAUGAAAACCCAGCAAAAAACAGUUUUACAAGACUCUAGUACAUAUUUUGUAUCAAAUAUCAACAAAAAACAGUCUCAGAAAGCUCUAGUACAACUAGAAACAUAUUUAGUAUGAAAAACUAC